AUGGCCACCCAUAACGAUAUCUCCAUAUCCCUUCUCCACAACUACGGCGGCACAUCCGACGUAACCCGCGCAGGCAUAUUCGCUGGUUUCGCCGGAAUAGCAUGCUAUAACGCCAUCGAACUGAUCAUCCUCUGCCUAUCCUCCUUCAAACGUCGAAAUAGCACCUACUUCUGGAGUCUACUCAUCUCCUCUUUCUGCAUCAUCCCCUACUCCAUCGGCUUCGCCCUCGUCUUCUUCCGAACAGGCGUCACACCCUGGCUAUCCAUAGGUAUCGUCCUACCGAGCUGGUAUGGCAUGGUCACCGGCCAAUCGGUCGUGCUGUGGUCGCGACUGCAUCUGGUGCUGCAGAAUAGGAAGGUGCUUCGCGCUGUGCUGUGUAUGAUCUGUAUCGAUGCUGUCAUCUUCCAUAUCCCAACUUCGGUUGUAAUUAUGGGCACGAUUGCUCAUCCCGUGGGGUCCUGGGCCCUCGCGUACGAUAUCACGGAGCGUAUUGAGCUGGUUGGAUUUUGUGUGCAGGAAUUCAUUAUUUCCAGUAUUUAUGUCUGGGAAACGGUCAAAUUGCUUCGUCUCAGGCCUGAAGGUCGACCUUAUGGGAUUCUUAACCAGUUGUUGGUUAUCAACAUCAUCAUUGUACUGCUGGAUAUAUCUGUUGUCGUCAUUGAAUAUGUCGGUUACUAUGCUAUCCAGGUCACGUUCAAGCCUGUCGCGUACAGCAUCAAGUUGAAGCUUGAAUAUGCGAUUCUGGGUAAAUUGAUCGCCGUUGCGCAUGGUCACCAUGACAGUCAGGAACUGCAUUCCAGUGAGUGUGGGAUCAAUGAAGUUAGCUCGUUUCCGUCGAGUGGGGACCGGUAUUCGAAUAUCAUGUCGCCGGUGCAGGUUCGUCGGCAGUAUAGCCCGCCGUGGCUUUCGGAAUCGAUGAGUUUCAGCCAUUCUUCUCCAUCUACUUCAUCUCAUGUUAUGGGAAAUACAUGA